AGGGAGUGAUGCCGAUGUCGGUGUAUGUACAGCUGAGCAUUGGAAAGCAUGCGCUACGGUCGAAGACAGCCAGUUACUGUGGGACCUCACCUGUGUGGAACGACACCAUACAGUUCGGUAUCAAGAACAUGUCCCCCAGGCGUAUAAAAGUGGAGGUGUUUUCCUGGGGUUUAAUAUCCGACGACAAAUUAGGUGAGUGUGAGGUUGAUCUUGAGUCUAUCUAUGCGGAGGGCGCUCCGGGCGUGUCCGGAAAGUUCGACGUUGCCAUCGGAACCGCACGCACGGGCACGGUGGCCAUUGCCGCGGAGGUGGUGAUGGUCCAGAGGUCUGUCAACGAAGAACGAAGUAACGUGGUCCAAGGCACGGGUAGCCCAGCACAGCCACAACCACUAUCACAGCAGCCUGCACCAACCGGUGUAGCAGAGCAGCACCAUACCUCGCGAGAGGAGCAGGAGGCCAUCCAGGCCGAAGUACAGCAACAGACAGAGCGCGACAUGACUCACCUCAAGGAAUCCUUCCCCCAAUUCGAUGAGGAUCUUAUCCAGAACGUAUACGUGGCCAACGAUUCAAAUGUACAGUCCACCGCCACUCAACUUCUGCAACUCGGCGAAUGAGGAUAGAGCUACAUAGUCGAUUGGAAAUUGUGAAUGAGAAUGGCACAUUACAGGUCAAAUACUGGUUAAGCGCCGAUGUGCGUGACUGUAAACAGAAGAUUGCAAGCAUACCGAUGAUAUAGCAACCGAACAAUUACAGUCAUAAAUGACGUACAAAUUACC